UGUAAAUGAGCGACGGCUGUACCGCGGCGGGUUUUUUGUUUUGAUUUCCAUGUGAAAUGCAAUUAGUGCUCCGCGGUGCUCGCUAGUUUGGCUCGCGGAGCGGAGCACACUCUGAACUUGUUCCUCGCCUCAGGAGCAACAACAUGGAGCACUACCAGGACGAUUUGGGACUCCGGGCCAGUAAACUGAUGGAGGACCUUUCUCUGUACGACGCGUACAAAGACGGGAUGUACACCGCGAGGAGAGACCUGGUGAUUAACCCCGAUUUGGACUUUUCGGCUCCGGCGGUCGCGGAGCACCAGAGCAAGCCGGUGAACGGCACGUCUGCGCUCCACCAACAGCAUCACACCGUGGAGAAUUUCACGCCUGGGAAUAAAGUGUACAACGCGGCUCCGGUGCGCCCCGUGAACUGCAACCGGACCGUGCCCAUGGAUUACUGUGCCCCUCAAAGAGACGCCGAGGAGGGCUGCUGCACCAAAUCCGAGGUGGCUCUGCCGUGCUACACGGGCGCCUCCGAGAGGCACAGGAGAUACUCGCUGGAGGUGCAGGGCCACAGGUACAGCACCGGCUCCGCCUUCGACGGCGUGCCUCUGAACAAGCCGGCGGCGCUGCCCGGCAACAGGUGCAACAGCGUCUGCAUCACCGGCAGCAGCCACCACGACGGGCGGUACAACGCCACCAGUCCCCGGUCGAGCUUGGCGUCAUCCCUGUCCUCGCAAGACCAGAGUAAGCAUGUCAGCCCGAGGUCGAGCAUCAGCAGCCCGCGCGCCAGUCUGGUGGUACCAGGUCAGGACCGGUACUCGAGCCCCAGGUCUAGUUUGGUGCACUGCGAUGGCACCGGCGUCCUCAGUCCCAGAUCCAGCUAUGCAAGCACCGCCAGCGACACCAGCAAGCACUCCAGCCCCCGGGCCAGCCUCAACAGCUGCGACUGCUGCAGCAAGCCCAGCAGCAACCGCACCAGCGGCAUCAGCAUGGGCUACGACCAGAGGCACGCCAGCCCGAGGUCGAGCACGGCGAGCCAGUACUCCUUCACCACCAGCCCGAGAUCCAGCUACUCCGAUUCUCGAUACGGGUCCGUGGUCAACCACGAUCUGGAGGGGGCGAUCCUCCACGCAGCGCCGCUGGCGAGCCCGCGCUCGAGCAUCUGCAGCCAGGAUGGGAGCGCACGACCGGGGACCGCCGCGAACUGCGUGGCGAGUCCGCGGUCCAGCAUCUCCAGCCACAGCUCCAGAAGUUCCCGCAGCUCCAGGGGGUCUAUGAGCACCUACCCGGAUCUGCAGCUGCCCUCGCCGAGGUCAUCAAUGCUGGGCAGCAGUUUACACGAGGACACGCUGCUGCAGGAUUUCGGGGACUCCAACGGGAUCCCAACUCGCAUCCACUUCCAGGGGCUCUCGGCGGUGCCAGAGCCCCAGCAGCAGUCGGCCCACGCGGGGGGGACCGUGGAGAUGGCUGCGGGGUUGCCAUCGUCAUUUAGUUACGGGGUGUGCUCAAAGACGGCAUCAUCAAGCCAGAGGUUUCAGAUCUCUUACCAGGUGACCCCCAGCCGAGAGAGUGGACCAAGCCAGGCGGAGAGGCGGCUGGAGGCACUCACCUUGGAGCUGGAAAAGGAGUUAGAGAUGCACAUGAAAAAGGAAUACUUUGGAAUCUGUGUCAAAUGUGGGAACGGUGUGUAUGGAGCCAGCCAAGCCUGCCAGGCCAUGGGGAACCUGUAUCACACAAACUGCUUCACCUGCUGCUCCUGUGGACGGAGGCUGCGAGGGAAAGCCUUCUACAACGUCAACGGCAAGGUCUACUGUGAGGAGGAUUUCCUGUACUCUGGCUUCCAGCAGACGGCCGAGAAGUGUUUUGUGUGUGGUCACCUGAUCAUGGAGAUGAUCCUCCAGGCGCUGGGCAAGUCCUACCAUCCGGGCUGUUUCCGCUGCGUGGUGUGUAAAGAGGGUCUCGAUGGAGUGCCCUUCACCGUGGACGUUGAGAACAACAUCUACUGUGUCAUGGACUACCACACGGUGUUUGCUCCCAAGUGUGCCUCCUGCAACCAGCCCAUCCUCCCAGCCCAGGACUCCGAGGAAACCAUCCGGGUCGUUUCUAUGGACAAGGACUACCAUGUGGAGUGUUACCACUGCGAGGACUGUGGCCUCCAGCUAAACGACGAAGAGGGCCACCGCUGCUAUCCACUGGAAGGCCACCUGCUCUGCCACGGCUGCCACAUCCACCGGCUCCAGACGCAGGUCCCUGCCCACUUGCCCCCCAGCUACCCCCUCCAUGUCACAGAGCUGUGAGGGGGAGGAGGGCGGGCAGCAACCGUAGCCCUGCCUCCCAGGUGAUCCGAGACACCAGCAGCAGGGAAAUAAAAAAGGCCUGCACCCCCUCCAGCAGCUCCAGGGAGGUCUCUGUGUGCCCCCUGUCCUCAACUGGACGGCCAAGCCGUGGACUAUCCCACUCUGUGCAGCUCCCACCACCACAAGCCCUGCGGUCACAUGACGGGGCUAGGAGAGAGAAAAAAAGGGUUCCCCUCCUUCUUCAUCUGCGGUCCUUUCCUCCCCCCUUCCCCUUGGGUGCCUAACCCUGAAAGCCAACACCGCGGCUCUCCCAGAGGCCCCUGCUGACGUCACAUGGUCUGACCCCAACGCAUUCAUCAAAGAGAGGGUUCUUUGGAAUGGAGGCGAGGACGCAAUCUCGUCUCUCUCCAUGCUUUUCGCCCUUUUAAAAAAUGUUUCCAUGUUUUUCAUUCCUGCGCUCUGACUGAAGCGGGUCGCCGCCGUGAAUUCUGCAGCGCUGUCACGACUGAGAAAUCCUUUGAUGUCAGGGAGGCCGGGAAGCAAGCAACCACAUUCCUCGUGCCGGCUGGACGGGACAGACCCCAGGGCGGGCGUGCUGUGCCUUCAGAGCGGGCUCGCUCUCCGUGAAACUUAACAGUGAAUUGGAGUCCUGCUACAGGCGAUGCAAAGGGCACCCAGCAUCACGAGACGGGGCCAUGAGAAAGAGAAAAAAAACUAUUUGCUCAUUGCUCGUCACCCUGCAGCACCCCGAAAAAACAGAUGCACCGUAGCACCACGAGAAGGAACCGACUGACAUUCCACUUAGAAGUCUUAGACGAGACCUCGAGAGAUUCACAAGCAGUGUCUUAACCCUUGUGUUGCCUUAGGGUCAAUUUGACCCGAAUCAAUAUUACACCCUUGUGUCGCCUUAGGAUUAAUUUGACCCCAUUCAAUGUUUAAUGUCGGUGUUCUUUCGGUAGUCAACAAACAAACAUAAAGUGCCUCACACUUAAACUUGGAAAACAAUAUUAAUUCUAAUAAUUUUCUGGAGGUUUUAAUUGCUGGCGUCAAAUUGAACCCAAAGGGUAAAAUAUGUUAGUAAAUAUAAAGGUAACAGGAGGGUGAAACAUUGAAUCGGGUCAAAAUGACCCUAAGGCGACAGGAGGGUUAAUUAAUGUUUAUAUUAUGACGGAAAAAGAAAAUUGUAGAUGCACAUAGAAUGUCUUUUAUAUAUGAAUAUAUAUUUUGCAACUGUUUUCCACACAAGAUCAUAGAUGUAGAUUCUCUUUUAAUUUUUUUUCUUUCUUUUUUUCAUUGCUCCACUCGCGAUGGAAUCUAGAGGUGAAACGCAGUCGAAAGCCUCCUGAAGAUUUUGUGUCUGUUGUAUGAUUUCUCCUCCAGGACACGGAGCCUCUUCACGUCUCUCACGGGGUCACAGAUCCACUGGCGUUGUAGGAUCAAACCGUAUUUUCCUUCAAUUAUUAUUUUCCACUUUGAGUACCAAAUGACCUAAAGUAAAAGUACCUAAAUCAAGUUUUUGGCAACACAUUUAUCCCAUUAUCGACUUGGCAAAUCCCCCUUUUAUUCUGACAACUGUAAGCAGCUGUAACAGUCAGACAUUUCUGCAUACCUUAACUUCAGGUUUAUUGUGUGUAAUUCCAUGUAUUCUUCUACCUAAAUCCCACAAAAUGUGACGAUGCAUUUGUGGACUUUUUCAGACGUUUUGUCGAGGAUGCCAGUCAUUUUCCAAGUUGUCACAAAGAGCUCGAGGAUUAAGAUUUAAACCUAAUCCUAAAAUCUGAGCGUUUAGCUCGAAAUGGGUCUUUAAAUGCUGAGAUUUAGGCCUUGUGGUUCAACAUUCAGCGGCCAUCGUAGAAACCAAAUUUCAGCUCAGGCAAACUAUGAAAAGAUGGAUUGGAAGGGACAUGGCCAAACUGUAUGUUAAAAAUAUAAUAUUAAGCGCUAGUAGCUUUAGGACAAAAAGAAAACGUGUUUUCUGACACUUUCUGCAUACAUCUGUUACGCGAAGAGGAAUUCAACUAAUUGAAUGGUUUAUUUGCGCAAUUACUUUUACCCGACACUGUUUCCUGAAAAUCUUUCCCGGUACUGUUCAUCGCCUUAUGAGCACCGAGAGCAUAGUGCGUUACUACAAGGAUGCCUCGAGACGGAGCGCGUGUGUUUGUGUGUCUCGCUCCCGUUUGAACGGCAGGCUGUCGUGUUGUGGGAGGACGUCCCUAAAACCCCGGAGCUGCUGGUCCCACCCGCCUUUUUUCGGGAGUCCGUCCCAUGUUUCCCUUGCUGGUUGUUUGCAUGGAUGUGUGUGUCAACCAAAAACACUGAGUUAGUCCCACCUGCCUCACUUUGUGACUGUCAUCGAGUUGUUGGUUUUUUGGGGGGGGAUUGAGGGAACUUUGCGAUACCAUUGCACUGAGCAAAAGGUAGAUCAUCCCCAAUUAUGUGUGCUUAUUUCAAUUAUCAGCAUUGUGUGAAUGUUGUGUGUGUGUGCGCGCGCUAGUGGCACGGCCAUGGCACACGCACAUCACUGUUUGCAGGGUAGCACCAACACAAAGACCUGCUCCCUCUCUGUUAGUAAUGACUGUGUUAUACCUCCCUCCAGAUGUUUGUUUCUAAUUCUUGGUGUUUGUUUGAGCAUCUGUCCAGCACCGUGUCGCCAUUGUGUUCCAGUGGCUGAUAUGUCUUCCUCUGACUUUAGCAAACUCCACCCAUCUGACUUUCACACUAGAAUAAGUCAACCACCAAGUCUUAUGUGCAAACACUGGUCGCUAAUCAUACUGCAUUACUGUACAAGCAGGUCUGAAUAAAUACUACUGAAUGUGUCAAAAACAGACUGAAGGCAGAGGUCCCCACGAGUAGAACGUGCUUUCUAAUGUAACCUGAUGUAAUGAGAUUCAUUCAAUGUAUGAAUGAUUAGUGUUGUAUAUUUGUAAAAGCAGAAAUGAAAACACACUGCGUAUGUGAGACAUUCCCAGUGUAAUUUGACUAACCUCAAUUUUGUUUGAGGGUUCUGGUCAAGUAGUUUGUGUGCUAUACUUUAGGAAUGAGGUUUUUCUUGUUUUUUUUCUUGUCUGCACAUUGUCAACCCCCAAGACAAACUUAACAAGAUCCAAGUGUAUCCCCUUUAAAGAGAAUGUAUUCACCCUUUUAAAAAUGUACUACUUGAGUUUCUAUUGCAUAGCACACAUCUAGUUACCCUGUACAUAAAGAGACUAGUUUUGUAUUUUAUUUUUCUGUCAAAAAAUCACUUGGAAAGAGAGAAGCCUUCUUCUCCUACUGGUAGUUCCAACAAGCACAUCUGUCACACAUCUUUUGUAAGUGUUUUGAUUACGUAGAUGGUUCAUAAACAAGGAAACUAGAUCUAUUUAUCUAAACAUGAAAAAAGUCUAAAGUUAUUUAAUGUAUUAAAAAUCGGGACGUAUCAUUUAACUGUAGAUGACAUAAUCUGCUUUUUCAAUAAAGUGGUUUUGUAGCUAACUGCAAAAAAAUGGUC